AUGUUCCCAACAUCAAAUAUACCAAUGAAUUAUUUAAAAGUACCAACUAAUGAAAAAUUAGAUAAUACUGAAUCACGUCGUACUUGUUCAUUUAUUCAAAAUCCUAAUCGAAUUAAAAAACGUGCACCUUCAAAUGCAAGUCUUCCAUGUAUAAAUCAUGGUAUUCUUAAAUCAUCAAAUUCUUCACAUCGACCACAAUCUAUAUCAUCACGUUCAAGUGUUUAUUACACACCUAUGAUAAGUGAAGAUGAUGAUAAAGUAGAACUUAUUUCAUCAAUUAUUGUUCCACCAACAACAGAAUCAUCAUCUUUGAUAAACAAUAAUCAAUUAGAACAUACUCAUAAAAAGAAUGAUGGUCAUUUUAAUAUACCAAGACAAUAUGGAUUAAGUACAUUAUUAAGAAAAUCAUACUGGUCAAAUCAUCCAUUCUCACUUAAAGGAAGCAAUGAUGAAAAUAUAGAUGCUUACAAAAUCGUCAGUAUACUCUAUGGUUUGGUAAUUUUUAUUGUUGGUGUGGCUUUUUCGAUAUCACAUGCUAUUAUACCACCAGACCAAGUUGGAAAUAUUCGACAUUUAGCUGAGAUUUAUUUUACAUAUCUUUAUUGCGUAUCAAUAAUUUGGAUAUUUUUUUGUAUAAUCGAUAUAGUUCGUCAUCAACAGAAGUUUAAUAUAAAUUCAAAAGCAAUCAAAAGAUUAGAUUCAACUCAUAAACCAAUACAUAAUCCUAAUUUACAUUUAUUAGUUAAUAAACGUCAAACAUCAUCACUAAAUCAACAAAUAUCUCAAUUACCACCAGUACCAUCAUUUAAUUUACAAUUAUUUGAUGAUUCUGAUGAAUUUCAAUCUGAAGAUAAUGAUAAUGAAAAUAGUCAUGAACAAAAUGAAAUAAAUUCACAUAAACAAACUCAUGAUAAUGAUGAUGAUGAUGAUGAUGAUAAAAGUUUACGUCAUACUGAUAAAAAAUCACAUUCAUUUGAUGAUUUAUCAGCAAUAUCAUCAGACGUUGUAAGAAAACGUUAUAACAGAACACGAAGUGUUUCAUCUAGACGUCCUGCAUUAGAUCCUGGUGGUGCACAUAAUUUACGAACUUAUGUACGUCAUCGAAAAGAUAGUAUUGUACAACGUGUUAUGGGUUAUAAUUAUGAUGAUCAUUCGACAGCCGGUGGUCUUUAUAUACGUGUUGGAAUUGGAAUUUUUUGUCUUGGAACUGUUAUACAUUCGGGUUUAUCAAUAUUAAGUAAUCUUGAAAAUCGUUCUUGUGCAAGAUGGACAGCUCUUAUGGAUGAUUGUUCAAGAUUAUUAUUUAGUUUUAUUCAAUUCUUCUUUAUUUUUAAACAUUCAAAUUUAAUUAUUCGAGCACAUGAAGGUCUAGCUCGAUUAGCUGUUAUGCAUAUUGUUGUUACUAAUUUAUGUGUAUGGUUUCGGAUGGUUGUAGUUGAAACAAAAUCUCAAAUAAUAGAAACAGGUGCUCAUGAAAUGGCAAUUGUAAACGUCGUCGGUGGUAGUAGUCAUUCAAUGAAUAAUAGUCAUCAUUCAAGUCAUCAAAAUUAUCCUUCAUCAACAGUUCCAUAUCAUUGUCUACAAUCAAUAGAAGAAGCUCGACUAAUGAAUGCUUUUAUUAAUGAAGGUUAUAUGAGACUUAAACCUCUUUUAUAUCCAUGUACAAUUGAAUUUAGUCUUAUGUCUUUAACUCUUUUCUAUCUCAUAUGGGAAAAUAUAGGUAAAACAUUUGCUUAUAAAAUGUCCGAUAAAGCAUCAACAAAAAAUGUUUUUAUGGUUAAUUGUCAUGCAUCAAUUAAAGGUUUAUUUGCUGGUAUGAUUGUUUUUUCGUGUACAGUCAUAUCAGUUAUUCUUUAUGCUGUUUUUCGAAAUAAAAUUGGUGAUGAUUUACAUUCUGCAUCAUCAUUAACAAAUCAUGCAGGAAAUGUUCCUCAUAAUAGAGUUCAUUCUCGUGGAAUAAUAAUAACAAAUACAACAACAACGACGUUAUCGACUCUACAUCACGUAGUUGUUCCUUCAUCAUCAUUAGCUCAUAGUCCAUUAACAACAACAACAACAAAAACUCCCACAACAAUUUUAUAUAGUAUUGCUAUUGUUGAAAUUGUUAAUUUAAGUUUAUUACUUACUUCUUUAACGGCAACAUUAUGGGCAUUAAUGAAAAUUCGAAAAUUACAAUAUAAAAGAACGACUACACGUUUCGAUGAUGUAUUAAUUAUUGUUGCAUUAGCGGGAACUUAUUUAUAUACCAUUUUUAGUGCUUUUGCAUUACUUAGUAAUAAAGAUCAAUCAACAUGGCUUGCUUAUCUUAAAAUAGCAAUCGUUGUUUUAGAAUUUAUUGAAUCAACUGUUCAUGCAUUUUUAAUUCUCGUUGCAUUACGUAAACGUAUUGGUCGAUUAAGUAAACUUCAAUAUCCAGCACGUGAAAUUAUAACAUUACUUAUAAUGCUUGAUCUUAGUUUAUGGUUCGAAGAAACAACAACAACAACAAAACAUGAAGCUAAUCCAUUUCAAUUAGCUUUUUAUCAUACUAUUCCAUGGUCAAUUAUAUCUGCUAUUGCAACACCACUACAGAUUUUUUUUCGUUUUCAUGCAUCUGUUUGUCUAUCACAUGUUUGGGAAAAUAUGUAUAUUUUACCAGCCUUCGAACAAGUUGCUCCUCAUGGUUUAUAA